CUGGAAAAAUUUGGCAAAGCAGUGAAUUAUGCCGACGCGGCGAUCUCCUUCAUUGAAUGCGGGAAUGCUAUGGAGCGUGAUCCAUUGGAGGCGAAAUCUCCGUACACCAUGUACUCGGAGACGGUGGAACUUAUCAGGUACGCCAUGAGACUGAAGAACUUCACGGGGUCUUCUGCCACGGAAGGAGACAAGAAACUGGCUGUCCUCUGCUACCGCUGCUUAUCCCUUCUCUAUCUGAGAAUGUUUAAACUGAAGAAGGAUCACGCAAUGAAGUAUUCCAGAUCCUUGAUGGAAUAUUUUAAGAAUUCAUCCAAAGUUUCACAAGCCCCUUCUCCUUGGGGAGGCAA